AUGGACCGCAGCUCUAGGCCCGCGCGGCCGCAGUCGGUCGACGAGCUCGUCCGGCAGGCCGAGAACUUCAACUUCAACCCAAACAUCCCGUUCAAACACUGGACGCGCGCCGCCGACACGCUGUACCAGGAAGCACACUUUGCCCUCGCAGAUGGCGACUACGGACGGGCCUUUCUCAUGCUCUACCGGCACUCGUCGCUAGUCAUGAAGCUGGUGUCGCACCCUCACUACCGAGAUCCCGAUAGCAAGAAGCUGUUCCGGCCGCUCUCGAAGCGCACAAACGCUGUCCUCGACGACAUGGAGCGCAUCAAACCCAUCAUUGUGGACGAAUACGCCGAGUGGGAGCGAAUGUCGGGGGGCAUCCACACCCAGCAGCAGCGCCCAGGGUCCCGCUACCAAGACUACGCGGCUCGCGAUCCUAGCCUGGGCGGGCACGCCAAGGUGCUCGAUGCGUCAGAGAACCAGGAGCUGGCAGUUGAUCUGGCCCAGCAAGAGCUGGCGCGGAGGGAUAGGGCUCGGGAGUCACGGGUGCCUCCGGGAGCAGAUGGUCAGCGCGUGAAGGACUGGUACCAGGGCGAUGACGGCGACCUUCGCAGCCAGAUGGAGGCCGCUCGACGUGCCCUGAGCCCCGGCUCCCACGACGAAACGACGGACGGCGCCGGCGCCCCCGCCCAGCAGUACCACUACCCUUCCAUCUCCAGGUCUCAUGCCGUUUCGUACCAGCCUCAGCCGCGCACCCCGGCGCCUAGCCGGUCGCCAGGGCCCAGCCGGCCGCCCAAGGAGGCGCUGCCGGAGCACCAGACCCUGGCGUCCCCGGCCAUCCCAAGGAAGGUGCCGCUGGACCGGCCGCCGACGCUGGCCGCCGAACCCCGGCCCGCGGGAGCGCCACCUCGGCCGAAGAAAGAACGUAUAGCGUUCAGGCCUGGUGCAUACCUCGAAAACGGCGACCCGAUCCGCCCCGUCUUCGUACCAAACCAGCUGCGGCGGCGGUUCCUCGAGAUCGCCGCCGACAACACGCGCGCCGGGCUCGAGAUGUGCGGGAUCCUCUGCGGCACGCCCGUUAACAACGCCUUGUUUGUGCGCUGUCUCCUGAUCCCUGACCAAAAGUGCACGACGGACACGUGCGAGACGGAGAACGAGGGAGCCUUGUUCGACUACUGCGCCGGCGAGGACCUGCUUGUGCUCGGCUGGAUCCACACACAUCCUACGCAGACGUGCUUUAUGAGCUCGCGCGAUCUGCACACGCAGGCAGGCUAUCAGGUCAUGAUGCCCGAGAGCAUCGCCAUCGUGUGCGCUCCUCGGUUUGAGCCCUCGUACGGCAUCUUCCGCCUCACACACCCUCCCGGCCUCGACCACAUCCUCGACUGCAACCACCAGGACACGUUCCACCAGCACUCGAUAGACAACAUUUACCGGCAGACGGAGCACCCCAAUGGCCAUGUGUACGAAAGCGAUAAGCUGCCGUUCUACGUGCAGGACCUUAGGACCAAGUGA